AUGACGGAUCCAAAAGACCCUAACUCCUCAGCUACUGAACUCAGAGAUGCUGAAGUACAGGAAAUGCUGGAGGAAGAGGUUAGAAGUUUACUGGCACAAAUGACUAAUGGCCUGGAGGAGGAUACAAAGAAGGAGGUGAAUUCAAUUUUGUACCUGGAAUCUUUGUCCUGGCAGCAGCCACACUGUCCCAUGGCUCUCCUGGUAGAUGGGAACCACACUGCAGUGACAGAGUUCACUUUACUUGGCUUAACAGAUGACCCAGUCCUUCGAGUCAUCCUCUUCAUCAUCGUCCUGUGCAUCUACCCGGUGACCCUGUCUGGAAACCUUGGCACAAUCCUGCUAAUCAGAGUCUCUCCUCAGCUCAGUCACCCCAUGUACUUUUUUCUGAGCCGCUUGGCUUCUACUGACAUUGGUUCUUCAUCUUCUGUCACACCCAAUACGCUUGUUAACUUCCUGGGGAGAGGAAUACUAUCUCCUGGUGUCCCUGUAGCUGUUACUUCAUUUUCUUCUGCCCUUGUCAUUGUGAUCACAGUGUUAGUCAUAGCCCUGUCCUACAUCUACAUCCUCCUCACCAUCCUGAAGAUGCACUCCACUGAGGGCCGCCAGAAGGCCUUCUCCACCUGCACCUCCCACCUCACUGCAGUCAUUCUGUACUAUGGGACUGUCACAUUCAUUUAUGUGAUGCCCAGUUCCAGCUACCCCACUGACCAGAACAAGGUGAUAUCAGUGUUCUACAUAGUGGUGAUCCCAAUGUUGAAUCCUAUUAUCUACAGUCUUAUGAAUAAUGAGAUUAAAGGUGCUCUGAAGAGACAGUUUAGCAGGAAAAUAUUUUCUUAG